AUGAGGCUUUCACAGUCACCAAGCCCAAUCCGCACCGCUCUCGACAGCACAAGAUGGCUCAAGUGUAGGCUGUGCCCCAAAUCUACCCAACGUCCCAAAGCUCUCCUCGCUAUGGCUCCCAAGACCGCACCGAAAGCAAAGGCCGCUGCCGCCAAGGCAGACCCGAAGCCGAAGGCAGAAGGUAAGGCCAAGGCCAAGGUGAAGAAAGAGGAGCAGGAGGAUGACAAGCCCAAGGUUCCUCAGCCCAACAAGGAAGAGUUCGACGCCAAGUCCGAGAAGAUCCAGGAGGAAAUCCAGAAGCUGCAGGACAAGCAGAAGAAGCUCACCGAGAAGAUCCAGGAGCGCUCUGGCGGAAAGGAGGAGUUCUACGCCAAGAAGGCCGAGUUGCGCGCUCAGCUGGAUGUUAUCACGGACAAGAUCAACGGCCUGAUGGAGAAGAAGGACGAGAUCAACAAGGCCGUGGGCAACAAGCGAGAGGAAGGUCGCGAGAUGCGCUCCCAGCUGAACAGCAUGAAGAAGACUGUCGGCUUCACCAGCCAGCAGGAGAUCAACAACCGCAUUGCCACGAUCGAAUUCCAACUGUGCACCGAGUCCGUGCCACUGAAGGAGGAGAAGAAGCUCUUGGCUGAGAUCCAGACCCUGAAGAAGAACCGCUCCAAGGUGGACACCAUGAACACCAUGGAGCAAAACCUGGCGAAUUUCGACCCCGGAAUGUCCAUGAAGGAGCAGAAGGACGCCAUUAACGCCGACAUCGCGCAGUUCCGUGACGAGAAGAAGAAGAUUCAGGACCAGAUGACCGAGCUGUCUGAGGCCAGGAAGACCCAACUGGGACCUAUCGAGGAGAUUCAGAACGAGCGCAAUGCUAUCGGCGAGAAGUUGAGGGCAAAGAUCGAGGAGCGUAAUGCGCUGCGUGACGAGUACCGCCAGCAGGAGCGUGAGUACUGGGCCUACCAGCAGGAACUCCGCAAAGCUCGCCAGGAGCGCUAUGCUGCUGAGAAAGCCGAGAAGCAGAAGGAGUACGACCUGCGCCGCAAGCAACGCGAAGCCGAGAAGCUCGAUGAGCAGCCGUAUGUCGCGGAGAUUACCUUGAUCGAGCAGACGAUCAAGUAUUGCAAGGGCCUCGUGCAGUCCAAGACCGAGGAGAAGAAGGACGAGAAGAAGGAGGUUGAGUACAACAACCCGGACGGUGCCGAGAUCCUCCUCCGCAAGGAAGAUCGAGACGAGGAGUUUUACUUCGCCCCUACGAAGGCUGGCAAGAAGGGCAAGAACAAGAACAAAGGCGGCGAGGCGAAGCCCACGAAGAUCACGCACAAUGCGGAAACCUUCCGUCUUUUCGACCAGCUGAAGCUCGAUGCACCGCUAUCCACGGAACAGGUGCCUGCCCUUCUGGAAGAGCUUGAGAAGCAGCUGGGAGACUUCCAGGGGAAGGUGAAGGAGUGGGAGGAGAAGCGCGAGGAUAUGAAGAAAGCCAUCCUGGAGGGCCUUAACGAGAUCGCGGAGAACAAGGCAGCCCGAGAGGCCGAGGAGAAGGAGGAGGAAACCGCUCAGGAGGCCAAGGAAGAGGCCAAGGAGGAAGAGGCCAAGGAAGAGUGA